UUGCUGGACUGGUUGCAGCCCCGAGGCGAGGUGCUGGCGGUUUGUGAAGCGACGGGCGGUUACGAACGCCUGGUGGUGGCAGGGUUGCGCGAGGGUGGAGUGGCGGUGCCUGUCGCCCAUCCCAACCGGGUGCGGGCCGAUGCGCGGGCCGGUGGCUACGAGGCGAAGACCGACGGGUUGGACGCCGUGGUGCUGUCCCGGUAUGGGGAGGCAUUCCAACCGCCAGCGACGUUGGCCCAGGACGCGGAUCGCAUCCGGUUGCAGGACCUGCUGCGCCGGCGGGAGCAGUUGGUGGGUCAACGGACCCAGGAGAAGAACCGGCUGGCCCGGGUACACAACCCGGCAAGCCAGGACUCCAUACGCCGGCACAUCGCGUGGCUGGAUGAGGAGAUCGGGCUGCUGGAUGAGCAAUGCCAGGAACUGCUGAAGCAGAACGCGGAGUUUCAGCGCCAGGUUGAGUGGUAUCGCAGCGUGCCGGGAGUGGGUAUCCAGACCGCAGCGGCGGUGGUGGCCUGGUUGCCGGAGUUGGGCCAGUGCGAGAGCAAUGUCCUGGCCGCGCUGUGCGGCGUCGCGCCGUGGUCACGGGACAGCGGUCAGCAGCGGGGAUACCGGUCCACCCGUGGCGGACGUCGGCCGGGCGAGAAUAUCGAACCGGAGCCCGAGGCAGCGGUGACUAAAGGGCUGCUGACCGCCCUGGGGGUGAUGCUGGUGUGUACCAUAAUCCCCGUGGCGCAAUUCCUGCUGGCUCCCUUCGGACCCUUUCUCGGGGCCUACUUUGGGAUCCGGUCAGUGGACACUGAAGGUUCCGACCCGCUGGUCGCCGCAGCCAAAUUCGGCGCGGCGGUGGGCGCCGUGUCGGGAAUCAUCCUGGUGGUGAUCGCCUUGAUUUUGACAGUGGUCCUGCCGAUGCCGGGAAGGUUCGUGGCCCUGACGUGGAUCGCGGUGGCCGUUUUCGCGACCUACGUGGCUGGGAUGAGCACGUUGGGCGGGUUGUAUCGACUGAUGAAGACGCGAACGGUGCCGGUCGCGGCAGAGGCGAGUUAG